AUGUUGAUGAUGGAGAACAACGGUAUGGAUGCGCAUCAGGUUGAAACGGAUUUUGAGCCACAAAGCCGGCCACGGUCGUGCACCUGGCCGCUGCCGUGUCCAGAGGAUAUUCCGGGAGCCGAGGAGGAGAACCGGGGUCUACCCCUGGCGUCCGUGAAAGUGGAGCCGUACAACGUGCCAGCAUGCAGAGGCGAGAGAGGCGGUGGAGCGCCGUCAGAGAUAAAGCAUCCAGCCGGCGCCCCGGCACCGAUCGCCGCCGCUCCCGCGUGCAUGUCCGGGGCUGCACUCGACGUAGCCGGCCAGCUGCGCAAAUCCAAAUCCUCGAGACGGAACGCGUGGGGCAAUCUCUCGUACGCGGACCUCAUUACGCGUGCGAUCGAAAGCACCCCGGACAAACGACUCACUUUGUCACAGAUUUACGAUUGGAUGGUCCGCUUUGUACCCUAUUUCAAGGAUAAAGGCGACAGCAAUAGCUCCGCCGGCUGGAAGAAUUCCAUCCGGCACAACCUGUCCCUGCACACGCGCUUCAUCCGUGUCCAGAACGAGGGGACGGGCAAGAGCUCGUGGUGGAUGCUGAACCCCGAGGGGGGCAAGAUGGGCAAGGGCCCCCGCCGCCGGGCCGUCUCCAUGGACUCCAACGGCACCAAGUACCUCAAGUGCCGCGGCCGGGUCAGCCGCAAGCGCGCCGGACAAGGGGCCCCCGGAGGAGGAGCGGGGAUGGGGGCCCGGGGCCUGGGAGCGGGGCCCGGCAUGCAGGGGUCCCCCGAGCACGGCAGCCCAGCGGGGAAGGCCGGCAGCCUGGGCGUCGGAGGGGUGAUCGGCGGAGGCGGCGGCGAGGAGUUCGACGCCUGGACGGACCUGCACUCGCGCACCAGCUCCUCGGCGUCCACUCUCAGCGGGUGUCUCUCGCCCAUCCUGGCCGAGGCGGAGCCGGACGAGCCGGAGGAGGGCGGCGGCGGACUCUCGUGCUCGGCCUCGCCGCGCCUCUACCCCAGCCCCUCCAGCACCCGCUCGCCCGCCCUGGCCACCGGCGGCCACUGCCCCGCCGUGGAGCUGCCGCAGCUGGCCGACCUGACGGGCGCCAUCAGCCUGGACGAGGGCUACUCCCAGGCCUCGCAGCUCAAGCGGGCGGCCGCUAUCGUGGCCGGCGGGUACCCGUUCGCCAAGACGGGCGAGGGCGCGGUGGCCUACUGCGGCUCCAUGUACGGGCAGCCCUCCAUGGGCAUGCUGCGGCACCACGCGCCCAUGCAGACCAUCCAGGAGAACAAGCAGGCCACGUUCGGGCGGCCCCUGCGGGGCUACUCGGAGAGCAACGCCCUGGAGAGCCUGCUGGCCGGCGGCCCGCAGUACUGCGGCAAGGACAUUCUGGUCGGCGGUCAGCCCGGGGCGGCAGCUGCGGGUCACUCGCUCCUGGCCCAGCCGCCCGGACAGAGCCGCAGCCUGAACCCCAACAGCCAGGCUCACAAUCACAAUCACAAUCACAACCCCAGCCACGGGCACGGCCACGAACAUGCCCACAAUCACCAGGGGCUCCAUAACGGGCACGCGUCCAGCCACGGGUCCAGCCACGAACAGCAGCAGCAGACCCCUGGCACCGGUCAGCAGCAGCACCAUCACAAUCACACGCACAAUCAGGCCCACAGCGCAGGCCUCCCUCACAAACACCACCCGGGCCUGGACUACAGCCACCCGGCCCACAAGCACCACCCGAGCUCGGCGCACGACUACGGCCAAGCGCACGACGCGGCGGUGACGACGGCCCAGGCCCAGGCCCAGGUCCACAAGCUGAGCGCUCCGGGGCACCAGGGCCACGGCCUGCACUCCUCCGGCCAGCAGGCGGCGCUGUCUCCGCGGCUGAGCGGAGAGCUGCUGCAGCCGUACGGCCUGAAGGCCACGGCCAGCCUGUACCCGCCCCGCGCACCCCACCUGCCCCCCAACCCGGCCGCCGGGGGGGUCAUGGACGUGCCCCAGGACCCGUGCCGCCUGGCCUCCGCGCUGCACCCGCGCCACCACCAGCCCUACCCGCCCGCACAGCAGCAGGGCAUCGCCGACGCCUGGCAAGGGUACUACAGCCACUCCUCGUCCUCACAACACGCCGCGUACCACGGCAACCACGCUCACCACGGCAACAACGCCCAUCACCACGGCAACAACAACAACAGCACCACCUUGGAGAUGGAGGUGAUGGCGGCGGCCGGCGGCGGUGGCGUGAGCGCGGGCGCUAGCCUGGACUGCGACGUGGAGUCCAUCUUGCUCCACGACUUCAUGGACACGGAGGCCGUGGACUUCAACUUCGACGGCUCGCUGUCUCAGGGCGUUGGCAUCGGCAUGGGGAUGGCCAUGGGCAUCGGGGCGUUCGCCGGACCCCCCCAGACACACAACAGCCAGAGCUGGGUGCCCGGCUGAACUGGACACGCCAAAUCACCACUGACACUAAUGUGAUUUAAACAUCAAAACAAAAAAAAUGUAAAAAAAAAUAUCGCUUGCCCUCAAGGCUUGACCCCUGGGGCGAGAGGUUAGUCCUGAGUGGACCGCUUUGUCUAUGAUUUCUUUUGUUCAGAGAGACUUAACGAGAGGACAGAGAGCCAUGUUUUGGUCGUGUAAUUCCUGAUUCUCAACCCAGUU